AUGAUGCAAUACUACCCGUGGAUGGCUCAACAAUAUGGUAUGCAGUAUUCUCCAGCUCCAAACUAUGCCACGGGGUAUCAGCAACAGUCGCAGCAAAACUACACGACAUCAUCAACGAAUAAUCAUCAAUGGAAUCAACAACAAACGUGGAACAAUCCGAAGCAAUGGAACAAACAGCUCCCGCCUCAGCAGCAGAAGCAGCCGCAAUCUCAUUUUACACCAUUCUCCUUAGCCACCCGUCAAGCACCAACAGCACCAAAAACGGUGGCACAAGCGCCGUCCGCUGCAGGUCCACCAGCACCAGGCGGACUCGGUGUGAUGCCAGAUAAUGUUAGGCGCUACGUGGAACGAGCGUAUCUGGCGGCGCAAUGUGCCGAAGACCGUCAAAAGGUGCAGGAGUACUUGGAGAAGCGGCUGCGACCGCUGUUGCAGGCUGGGACAACUCGUGCUAUCGACUGGGAUCGUGAACCGUUACCGCAUGAGCGUGGCUACGAACUUCCAACUACAUGGACACCUGUAGCGACGUUACGUGCAUCGAUGCAGGCGCAGGCUAUUAGCGAUUAUUCACAUUUGCGAGGUUUAUUUCAGUCAAUUGUUUCGAAGAAGAAGACUCAGAAGGAACGUAAACGUGAAGGAAAUUCCGCUAAAAAGGAAAAGCGAAAACUACAGAAUGCUGAAAAACAGAAGAAGGAAGCUACUCGCUGGCACGUUGAGGAGGAUUCGAGUAGGAUCGAAGAGAGAGCAAAAAGAUUCGCAAAUGAUGCUCGCAGUGCGGCUGUUUCUGCGAUGGCAGCAGCUCGUCCAGUUCGAAUGAAGCUUGUUAAGGGCACUUGCCAGAAUAUAGAGAAGAGCUUUUUCAGACUUACAGCGGCGCCUGAUCCCAGUCAGGUUCGACCGCCGGAGAUUCUUGAGAAGUCGCUAGAUAAUGUCAAGGAGAAAUAUCGAGCUAAAGCUCCCUAUCGCUACUUGUCGGAUCAACUUCGAUCAAUCAGGCAAGAUCUUACUGUGCAGCGAGUUAGGAACAAUUUCACGGUCCAGGUUUAUGAAAUCAAUGCACGAAUCGCUCUUGAGAAUAAGGAUCGAGAAGAAUUCAAUAAAUGUCAAAGUCAACUGAAGCUGCUGUACAACGAAAUACCGGGCUGCUCAAAUGAAGCGGAGUUCAUAGCGUACCGCCUUCUCUACUACAUUGCAAUGAAUAACUCUCUUGACGUCUCAUCGCUUCUAAAAGGUUUGACAGACUCAUUACGAGCCGAUGAAUGCGUUAUGUUUGCGAUGCGAGUUCGUCGCGCUGUAUCGCUUGGAAAUUAUCCAACCCUAUUUAGAUUAUUUAAUUCCGCUCCAAAGAUGUGCCCAUACCUGAUGGAUUUGUUCGUGGAACGUGAGCGGAAAGCGGCACUCAUGCAAAUAUUCAAAGCGUUCCGGCCUUCGAUUCCCGUUAGCAAGGUGAGUGAGUGGUUGGGCAUGUCUGAGUCAUCCUUGGUAGAAUGGCUAAACCUUUUGGAAAUUGAAUGUCAAGUGGGCGGUGCGAUUGACUGUCGCGCGUACGCGACGAAGACGUUUUAG